AUGACUCCAAGUCGUGCACAUAAACGCGACAAUUUCUCGCAUAAACAGGAAUGUAAAGCUGCCUUCUUUUGUCAACAUUGUUCAGGCAGCGUCCAAGCCAUGCUGAUCGGCAACUGCACCUCGCUCGGCGUCGGCCUCCUGCUUCCAAUCGUCAUCACCUACGCGUCAACCCGCCAUUGGAAGGAGCAAGUACUGGAUCCCGACAAGGUCUGGGACUCGAUGAGGGACAUAGACAACCCACUGAAGCCCUGGCCGGAGAUCUAUGCAAGGUGGGCCUAUUUGUGUGUUUUUGCUGUGAUUUUUGCCAACAUCAAUUUGCUCUUCAGGCUUCGCACUAAGUGCAUAUUUUGA